ACAAACAAAACUAGUCAAUCGGCAUUAGCAAAAAACGAUGACAAUAGCUCAACUAAAAGUGUUAACAGCCAUAGUGACAACGAUGACAUGCGGCUAAAACGACAGGUUGGACUGUUUAGUGGCGUUACGCUGAUCGUGGGAACGAUGAUCGGUUCGGGCAUCUUCGUAUCAGCGGGGAGCCUUCUGGCAAAUGCCGGAUCUCCUGGUUUAUGUCUCGUCCUCUGGGCAGCCUGUGGCCUCUACUCUUUACUGGGUGCCCUAUCUUACUGCGAGAUUGGAACUUUGAUACCUAAAUCCGGCGGAGAGUAUAUCUAUUUUCUGGAAGCUUUCGGAAAUAUGCACAAAUUCUUCGGUCCAAUAUUAGCAUUUAUCUUUGCAUGGGUCACCGUUUUCUUGAUCAACCCUUCGUCAGUUGCGAUCCUGUCCCUUUCGUUUGCCAAGUAUUUCAUUUCUCCAAUCCUCACGGCGAUCAAUUUUUGCCCCGACGUUUAUCUGUCGUACGUGAUUGAUCGCCUCUUGGCCACCAUUUGCAUAGGUCUCAUUACUUUCGUCAAUUGUUAUUCCGUAUCGGCUGCAACGAGCGUGCAAAACGUUUUCACGGUGGGAAAGCUGACAGCCAUCGCUAUCAUAAUCGGCGGUGGAUUGUACUAUCUCGGACUAGGAUACACGGAAAAUUUGGAAAUUGGAUUCGAAGGAUCAGCGUCUUCGUUUGGUCAAAUAGCCACGGCAUUUUAUGGUGGGCUUUGGGCUUACAGCGGAUGGAACAAUUUAAAUUUCAUCACGGAAGAAUUAAAGGAUCCCUACAGGAAUUUACCGUUGGCCAUUAUAAUCGCUAUUCCCUUAACAACAAUCUGUUACGUGCUCAUCAACGUUUCGUACUUGACUGUUUUAACGCAAGAACAAAUCAUCUCUUCCGACGUAGUGGCUGUGGACUGGGGAAAUGUAGUUUUGGGGUCUGCUAGUUUCCUGAUCCCACUCGGAGUGGUUGUGUCGGUUAUCGGUACAACCAACGGAACCUUAUUUGCUGCAGGAAGGGUUUCUCACGUAGUUGGAAGGGAAGGUCAAUCUCCCGAUUUCCUAUCUUACAUUCACAUUGAAAAGAAGACACCUGUUGCCCCGACUCUGUUGACCAGUCUACUAGGAAUACUAAUGAUUAUUCCGGGAGAUAUCGGGACGCUAAUUGAUUUCUUCGGUUUCGCCAUUUCCAUUUUUUAUUGCGCUGCUAUGGUAGCCCUCAUAGUCAUGAGAUUCACCAAAAAAGACGAACACAGACCCAUUAAGGUGCCCAUUAUCAUCCCAAUUAUCGUGAUGGUGGUAUCAGCUAUUCUAGUCGUUGCGCCCAUCGCGGCGGCCCCGCAAGUGCAAUACUUUUACGUCCUUCUAUUCAUUCUGGCUGGCCUUAUAUUCUACGUGCCUUUCGUCUAUUACAAGAAAAGAGUUCCGGGAAUGGGUGAGAUUUAUCUUGUUAUCAUGACUCACCAUUUGUUGCAACACUUUCCGGCUUUUGGGUUUUGAAUAACUU